AUGGGCAAGACAACCCUUGCUCAGCUAGUUUACAACAAUGAGAAGGUGGUGAAGCAUUUUGGUGAUCAAAGGAUGUGGAUUUGUGUUUCUAAUGAUUUCAUAGUUCCAAAGCUAUUAAAUCAGAUGGUACAAUCUCUUACUGGGGACAAGUCUGACAUAGAUAAUAUUGAAGGAAUAGUGAGAAAGCUUGCAGCAAAACUAAAUGGAAAAAAGUAUUUGCUUGUACUAGACGAUGUUUGGAAUGAAAAUCCAGACAAAUGGGAGUGCAUGAGAAAUUCUUUGGUAGGGAUAGGUGGAUCCAAGGGAAGUAAAAUUAUAUCUACAACCAGGAGUAUGCACGUGGUAUCUACCAUGAGGACAUCUCCAUCUCUCACUCAUCAUUUGAACCAGCUAUCAGAAAAUGAAAGUUGGACCAUGUUUUGGAAAAGAGCAUUUGCAAAUGGAGGACCAACAGAGACCUCAAACUUGGUGGCUAUUGGUAGAAAAAUGGUGGAAAAGUGUAAGGGUGUACCAUUGGCAAUAAAGUCACUAGGAGAUUUCAACAUUCAAAAAGAUAAGUCGAUUCAGCUUUGGAUGGCUCAAGGAUAUCUCCAGCCUUCUUCAGGAAGCAAUUUGGAAAUGAAAGAUGUUGGUAAUAAUUAUUUUAAUAUUUUGUUGCAUAAUUCUUUAUUUCAAGACAUUAACUUGGAUGUGCACAAUAAUAUUAUCAGUUGCAAAAUGCAUGAUCUUGUGCAUGAUUUGGCACUAGAUGUCUCAAAGGGUAACUGUUUGGCUUUGGCUUCGACUGCUAGUGAGGCGAAUUACCAUCCUGAGGUUCAACAUCUAUCAUUUACUUUAAUGGGAAAUGUAAGUUUUGAAAUUUCGAAAGAAAAUGUUGGGAAACUGAGGACACUAUUUUCAGAAGUAAGUCUCCCUAAAAACAUUUAUGAAUUCGAAUGUACACGUGCCCUGAAUUUGGAAAAUGUGAGAGAGUUUCCAGAUUCCAUAUGUAAGUUCAUACAAUUGCAAACACUGAGAGUUCCUUUUAUCUUAAAAAAGCUUCCAGAAAAGUUCUAUGAGUUGGUUAGAUUGAGACAUUUUUGUUUUCAUGAGACAAUAAUGAACAGGGAAUUGAUGCCUAUGACGAUAGGGAAGUUGACUUCUUUGCAGACAUUACCAUUCUUUGUUGUGGGUGAGGAUAAGGGCCAUAAAAUUGAAGAGCUGGGUAGCUUAAGGAAACUAAGAGGUGAAUUAAUGAUUUACAAUCUCAAACAAGUGAAAGGCAAGAAAGAUGCAGAAAAGGUUAAGAUCGACAGUCCUUCAACUGCAGAAGACACUACUAGCAUUAACCACAAGGAUGUGUUGGAAGGACUUAAACCUCACGGGAACCUUAGGGGUUUAAAACUCCAGAAUUUUGAAGGAAAAAGUUUUGCAUCAUGGAUGAUGAGUAGUAGAGAUGCGCAGUUGCUUCAAAAUUUGGUUAAGAUAGAAUUAUCCAAGUGCACGAGAUGUGAACAAGUCCCACCACUUGGACACCUUCCGCAUCUUGAGGUUAUCAGAAUGUCUGGAUUAAGUAAUUUGAAAUGUAUUGGUCCUGAAUUCUAUGGUUGUCACAGUGUUGUCAAUCAUCAUCAAUGUAAUGAUGGCAUCAUCACUGGUAGCUAUAGUGGGGCAAUAACAACAGCAACCGAAAAAGCUAUGGCUAUUGUAUUUCCAGCACUAAGAGAACUUCAUCUAAAAGAUAUGCCGAACAUAGAAGAAUGGUGUGUGCUUGGGGUAUCAUCAUUGUCAUCAGACACCACGAUGUUCUUUCCUCUGCUUGAGUUUGUACACAUUAGUGGUUGCACUGAGUUGACUAUAAUUCCAGGUGACUUGUUAUCCUUACAGGAAUUGAUUUGCAACGACAAAUUGGAUACGCGCCACCCUUACUUGAGAAUAGAGGUAUCUAGGGGUUCGAGAAUAGAGGUAUCUAGGGGUUGGAAAUGGAAGAUUGGUGUUUUACUGAAACUGAAGAAGAAGAAGAAGAAAAAGAAGAAGAAGAAGAAGCGUCCAAUUGCAGCGGCUUCAGAUUUCAUGCCUUCCACCACCGUAAGUGCUGCAUCUGCUACUGUUACUGUAGAGGAGGAGGUUGAUGAUGAUGAUACCAAAUAUCACCUAAACCCCAAACACUACCCCUUCAUCUUCUUGGUGUCUUUGACACUAUUUGGCUGGGAAAGGCCCAAGUAUCUGCCUGAUCAACUUCAGCACCUCACUACCUUUAGAGACUUUUCACUUCAACAUUUUUGUGGACUGGAAGCUCUGCCGGAGUGGCUGGCUAACCUUUCAUCUCUUCAUUCUUUGGAGCUUUUUGAUUGCAAGAAUCUGAUGUAUCUUCCCACCAUGGAAGCAAUGUAA